GGGGAUUGUAGACUCGUAAGAUCAGUGGUUCUCAAUUUUUUUGCAAAACACCUGUCAGGUACCGUGAACCAUAGAAUAGCAGUCCUGAAUGUUUGUUGUCAUUUUUUGAAUCACUGGACCUUUAAAUAUCUCAAUAAUGGAAGGCUGGAAUGAUCCUAUGGACUUGUCAAAAUUUGAAGCCACUGGAAAGUUGAAAAUUAAUUUGAAUAAAAGAGUGGCAUUUCCAUUAAGUGGAGGACCUAUAUCCCAAACUUCCAGCAGCUCUCAAGAGCCAUUACAAUUACUUCCAACAAUUCCGUUUGGACUAGGUGAAAAUAAUAACAAUAAUAGUGACAAAUCUGAUCUUCAAGAAACAUCAGAAUUCAAUUCUGAAACGUCAAAAGAAAAAGUAUGCAGCAUAUUGCAUCAAAGCAUAGACCAGCUUGAUUCUUCCAUUCAAAAUAAUGUUAAGGCAAAGCUUAAGAGUUUGGAAGCCGAGUGGAGUAAAUGUGAUAUUGAUCUACAAAAGUUAUUAGUGCAAUUAGUCGAUUAUAUUGAGCAAAAAGAUGCUAAGAAUGCUGGAGGAAUCCAACGAAAGAUUAUAAUAACAGGAUAUAAGCCUUGGAUGCAAGGAGUAAGACAUAUUAUAUUCAGCCUUGAGUCUCAGGAUUCAAAAACUAACGAUAUUGCUAACGCAUAAAUAUUUUUAAUAGUUUUAUUCUACCUUCCUUCUAAGAUUUAAUAAAGUAUCGAAUUUGAGAACCCGAAAAA